AUGUUGAACAUUCCGCCGAGAUUCCUUCCCGUUUACUCAACUCUCUUCCACAUUCUUGCUUCUUUCCUCUGCUCCUCCGACGUCAGAGGCGACUUUCCGGCGACUAGAUUCGAUCUCGGAACGUUGACUCUCUCAAGCCUCAAGCUUCUCGGCGACGCACACCUCAACAACAACACCAUAAAGCUCACUCGCGAACUCUCUGUUCCCACUUCAACCGCCGGAAAAGCUUUGUACGGAAAACCGGUUAAAUUCCGACACCCGGAAACUCAAUCUCCGGCUAGUUUCUCGACUUACUUCUCUUUCUCAGUAACCAAUCUCAAUCCAACCUCAAUCGGAGGUGGAUUCGCUUUCGUAAUCGCCCCCGAUGGAGAAUACAUCGGAUCCGCCGGCGGAUUUCUCGGUCUCACCGGAGAAUCCGGAUCCGGGUCGGGUUUUGUGGCGGUUGAAUUCGACACGCUGAUGGAUGUGCAAUUCAAGGAUGUAAACGGUAACCACGUGGGAUUGGAUCUAAACGCGGUCGUUUCAGCCGCAGUGUCCGAUCUAGGAAACGUCGAUAUCGAUCUCAAGAGCGGAAACGCUGUGAACUCGUGGAUUACUUAUGACGGGUCGGGUCGGAUUUUAACCGUUUACGUAUCCUACUCAAACGUGAAACCCAAAUCGCCGGUUUUGUCGGUUCCUCUCGAUCUCGAUCGCUACGUUAGCGAUUCCAUGUUCGUCGGAUUCUCUGGUUCAACGCAAGGAAGCACAGAGAUUCAUAGCAUCGAUUGGUGGAGUUUCGCUUAUGUGUGGAAGGUGUUGGUUUACCAUCUUAGGGUGUUCGGUUUUGUGGCCCUCUUCGCUCAUCUUUUCUAUCCAGUUGUUAAGCAGCCGGUUAUGUGCAUUGUCUUAUCCACUAUGAUCGGAUUUGGACUCGUAAUGUCCGGCACAACGGCUAUUAGCGAGUACAUGAAAUGGAGGAGAACUCAUACUCAGGCGGCACCGAGCACUCAGGUGGGUCCACCACCGUCUCAGACAGCAGAGUAG